AUGGCUGCCUCCACUUCGUCACCCACCAACAACAUGUCCAUCACUGGCGUGCUUCCGCAAACGGAGUGGCAAUUGCCGUCCAGAGCAAAGUACUGCCAGUAUCAGGACUGCGGCGCCAAAUUCGGGCUCUUCGACAGAAAAACAAAUUGCCGUCGCUGCGGUAUUGUUCUAAGCUCCAAAUGCGCCUGUGACUGUUUGUGCAUAAGCGGGCACUACGAUGACAAACCGCAGAUUUUCUGCCUGCGCCGUCUUGAAGUUAUCGAGCAACAGAAAAUAAUGAUGACUCGUGCGGCGGCAAUGAAAACAGAAUGGCCACUCCAACAGCGUCAAAACAAAGACGACAACGCCUUAGCGUCCAGCGGCAUACAACAUGACAAGGAGAUGCGACUGCUCGAAAACGGCAAAGACGUUUGCCAGCAGGCGGGAGAAGGACAUGGACGAACAAAAGAUGUUUUUUCCAUGACCAAUCAAGUGAUGGAAAAAACAGAUAACAAAAGAAAUGCAAGCCCUCAUAACGUGGAAGAAAUGCAGAAUAAAAUAACGAUUGAAAUAUGA